CGACAGCGGCUGUGGUGGCUGGAGCAGAGGUCGGCUCUGUGGCGGGCUGGGCGGGCAGGCUGCGUGGUGCCCCGGGUCCCGGCAUGGCCUUAUCGGCCUGGGCCGUCUGCUGCCUCCUGGGUGGGGUCCUGCUCCGAGGGGGCAGCCCCAGCCCCGGCGGCCCCGUGCCCCGACUGCAGCUCUCCUACAGAGACCUCCUGACUGCCAACCGCUCUGCCCUCUUUCUGGGUCCUCGGGGCUCCCUGGACCUUCGUGUCUUGUACUUGGAUGAGUACCGGGACCGUCUCUUCCUGGGGGGGCGAGAGGUCCUCUACUCUCUUCGCCUGGACCGGGCAUGGCCGGAUCCCCGGGAGGUCCUGUGGCCGCCACAGCCUGGCCAGAGGGAAGAGUGUGUUCGUAAGGGCCGAGAUCCCGUGACGGAAUGUGCCAACUUCAUACGGGUGCUGCAGCCCCACAACCGGACACACCUGCUGGCAUGUGGCACCGGGGCCUUUCUGCCAUCCUGCGCCCUCAUCACAGUCGGGCACCGCGGGGAGCAUGUGCUCCACCUGGAGCCGGGCAGCGUGGAGAGCGGACGAGGACGGUGCCCCCACGAGCCCAGCCGGCCCUUCGCCAGCACUGUCGUAGGCGGGGAGCUGUACACGGGCCUAACUGCUGACUUCUUGGGGCGUGAGGCCAUGAUUUUCCGGAGUGGGGGCCCCUGGCCAGCCUUGCGCUCUGACUCUGACCAGAAUCUUCUGCACGACCCCCAGUUUGUGAUGGCUGCUCGGAUCCCCGACAAUUCUGACCAGGACGACGACAAAGUCUACUUCUUCUUCUCGGAGACAGUCCCUUCCCCGGAUGGUGCCCCGGGCCGCGUUACUGUUAGCCGUGUGGGCCGUGUCUGCGUGAACGACGUGGGUGGACAGCGAGUGCUGGUGAACAAGUGGAGCACCUUCCUCAAGGCCAGGCUGGUGUGCUCCGUGCCUGGCCCUGGGGGUGCCGAGACCCAUUUCGACCAGCUGGAGGAUGUGUUUCUGCUGUGGCCCAAAGCAGGCAAGAACCUGGAGGUGUAUGCUCUGUUCAGCACUGUCAGUGCUGUGUUCCAGGGCUUUGCGGUGUGUGUGUACCACAUGGAGGACAUCUGGGAAGUCUUCAAAGGGCCCUUUGCCCACCAAGAUGGUCCCCAGCACCAGUGGGGGCCCUACAGGGGCAAGGUGCCCUUUCCACGCCCCGGCAUGUGCCCCAGCAAGAUGACUGCACAGCCAGGACGGCCCUUCAGCAGCACCAAGCAGUACCCGGAUGAAGUGCUACAGUUCGCCCGUGCCCACCCACUCAUGUUCCUGCCUGUGCAACCCAGGGCAGGCCGGCCGGUCCUCGUCAAAACCCACCUGACCCAGCGGCUGCGGCAGAUCGCGGUGGACCGCGUGGAGGCGGAGGACGGCACCUAUGACGUCAUCUUCCUGGGGACCGACUCGGGCUCUGUGCUCAAGGUCAUGGCCCUGCAGACAGGGGCCUCGGCGCACCCCGAGGAGGUGGUCCUGGAGGAACUCCAGGUGUUCAAGGUGCCAACACCCAUCACUGAGAUGGAGAUCUCUGUUAAAAGGCAAACGCUGUACGUGGGUUCGCGGCUGGGUGUGGCCAGGCUGCAGCUGCACCAGUGCGAGACCUAUGGCAGCGCCUGUGCCGAGUGCUGCCUGGCUCGGGACCCCUACUGUGCCUGGGAUGGCGCCACCUGCACACGUUACAGGCCUGGCACCGGCAAGCGCCGCUUCCGCCGGCAGGACAUCCGCCAUGGCAACCCUGCCCUGCAGUGCCCGGGCCAGAGCCAGGAAGCAGAGCCAGCAGGACUGGUGGCGACCAGCACCGUCUAUGGCACAGAGCACAACAGUUCCUUCCUGGAGUGUCGGCCCAAGUCUCCCCAGGCUGCUGUGCGUUGGUACCUCCAGAGGCCAGGGAGCAAGGGGCCUGACCAGGUGAAGACGGAUGAACGAGUGCUGCAGACGGAGCAGGGGCUGCUGUUCCGCUGGCUCAGCCGCCUGGAUGCCGGCGUCUACACCUGCACCACGCUGGAGCAUGGCUUCUCUCAGACGGUGGCACGCCUGGCCCUGGAGGUGAUCCCAGCCGAGCAGCUCCAGGGCCUGUUCUCCCGGGAGCUGAGGCUGGAGGAGCCUCCUACUUGGGCAGGCCCGGCUGCCGCCCUGCCCAAGGCCUGGUAUAAGGACAUCCUGCAGCUCAGCGGCUUUGCCAACGUGCCCCGGGUGGAUGAGUACUGUGAACGAGUGUGGUGCCCUGCCCGGAGCCGGGGCAAGAUGCCCAAGGGCAAGGGCUGGGUGGGGCUGGAGCUGGGCAAGAAGGUGAGAAGCCGGCUGCAGGCUGAGCGGAACCGCACCCCCCGGGAGGUGGAGGCCACUUAGAAGAGCACUGAGAAGCAGGGUGUGGAGAGGCUGCGGGCCCCUCCUGCCUCCCAGCCUCCCAGCCACCCAGCUAGGGCCGUGGGGAUCAGCACUGCUGGCUGCCUCUUAAAGGCAUGGUCUGUCCCUACCCCCUUUUCGGGCUGCCACAACCCGAGAGGCUGUGGGCUCCCUUGCCCCUAGUCCCUUUCCUGUUCCCUCUCUCUCUGCCCUGGGCCUCAGGCUGGAGCCAGCACCCCCUGACCAACUAUAGCCCUGUGGGGCUGCUGUUUGUUCUCAGGGAUGUCUCCUCCCCAACACGUUUCCGGUCAUGCCCAUAGGCGGGAGGGCUGGGUGGUAGUUUCCCAGCCCUCAGAACAAUGGCCAUUCUGAGUGACCCUUGAGUGGGCCUGUGUCUGUGAGGAGGUGUCUGGACAGGAGACCCUCAGGCAGCAGGCAGGGUUUGGGGAUAGUGGCCUUAAAGUUGGCACCCCUCGAGGUGAGCCACCCUGAGUUGGGGAAGGAAAGUGGAGGUACUGAGAGGGUGAAGCAGCAAGGCACCUUGCUGUCUCCCCUCUGCCUAGCACCUUGACGUCUCACUGCCCUGUUACUGCCCACUGCCUCUUCCCCAGCUUCUGUAAGUGUGGAUGGCCAGUGUCCCCCACCCUGGGACCUGGGGGAUAGUCUGGGUUUUAGGCCUUCCUUUAUUCACCAAUUAGGGGAGGGUCUCAUGGCCUGGCUUCCUGUCCUCAGCACCCUCCCCACCCCACCCUACCUUCGCCUGCUUUCCUCAGGCACUUAUACCUCCUGGUGAGCUGCCCCACCCUCAUGCUGAUGAGCCCAGAAAGGCCAGUGUGGGCACCCACAGCCUGGGAGCCUGGUGGGAUGUGGCGGCUCUGGGAGCCAGCUGCUGCCAUGGGCAGGGCCGGAUUGAGCCCAGGGCCAAAGAGACUUUGUGACGGAGAGCGGAUGGCAGGGGCGAGCGAGGACGGGCCAUGUAGCCAGCAGUGGGUACCCUGGGGAUGGCAUCAGUUAGCCUGGGAGCUUGGAGAAGGCCACUUGCUUCCCACCCUGGAGUCGGCGCUUUCCUUUCCGUAAGGCUUGGCCAUAGAUGGUUCAAGUAUGGAAUUCUCUGUUUGGUGGGAAAGCACUUCUAAGUCCUGCUGGCUUUGGGACCAAGGCUCAGGCAUGUAGGGAAGCAUUUCAUCCACGAGCAGUAAUGUGUUUCUUAGGCUGAGGAGCAGAGGGGGAGAAGGAACCCUUGAUGGAAAGCUGUCUCCAGCCUGCUUGUGAGAAAGUUAGUGACACAGGAGACCUACAGGAGGGAGGCGAGAGCCACGGUUUUGGGAUUCCCUCCAUUAAAAACAACAACAACAACAAAACAAACAAACAAACAAUAACACCCAAGUUGAAGAAACUAUCAAAAAGCUGAUAAAAAGCAAGACAGUUGAGCCGAUCUUGGAUGGACCUUGAAAAAUUCAUGUUAAGUGAAAUAAGUCAGAAACAGAAGUAUGAAUAUGGGAUGAUCUCACUCUCAGGUCGAAGUUGAAAAACAAGAUCAGAAGAAAAAAAAAAAAAAAACAAGUAGAACCAGAAAUGGAAUUGGCGUAUCGCACCAAAGUAAAAGACUCUGGGGUGGGGGUGGGUGGGUGGGGAGAAUACAGGUCCAAGAAGGAUGACAGAGGACCUAGUGGGGGUUGUAUUGUUAUAUGGGAAACUGGGGAAGGUUAUGCAUGUACAAACUAUUGUAUUUACUGUCGAAUGUAAAACAUUAAUUCCCCAAUAAAGAAGUAAAAAAAAUGUUCUGAAUUAAAAAAUAAAUAAAUAAAAAGCAAGACAGGACUUCCUGUCCCAUUGAAGUCAAA